UCGUGCUAACAUUUACACCGUAUUCAAUAAAUUGCACCCAAAAGUUUCUGUCCUUUCUGUGCUCCAGUUAUUAAAUAUCAAGCUUUUGAGUGGUAUUUAUAUGUCGUCCAAAAAGACUAUCCCAGAUCUUUUGAGAAUGUUUUUACAAGAGUUUCAAAGUCCCCCAUUUCCUAAGGAAGGAUACUUAUUAGAUGUGUUCAAGAAUGAAAAUCCAGUUGAUUUAGAAUUGAUAAAGGAAAAUGAUCAUUUAGGUGAGAAUUUGGUUAAAUCACUUAGAUUGAUGUUGAUGUUCUUUCAAGAUGAUUUAGAAGUACCUUUGACUGACUCGGGCAGUCUCAACUCAAAACUUAGCGUGGUCAAGAUCAAACGGUUGUUCGAAUUAGUAAUCUUGAACGGUUUCGAGUUGCUUGAGUUAGAAGCUUCAAUUAUUACACAUUCAGGGUUGCAUUACAAUACCUGUAUUAUCACCAGCUUGCUUAAUACAGACUUGAGUGCUGUAGGUGUUCACUCGAAGACUAUUUGGUGCAUCUACAACGAAAUAGUUAACAGCUUUUCUAAGGCUGACUUGAGAUAUUUGCCAUUAUUUGCACUCUUCUACAACCAGAUUUUGAUCAAGUUUGCAGACUCUGACAUCCUUCAAGACUGGUUGGUGAAGAGGCACAUUGUUGAACACUUUAAAGUAUUCAUGUUCGAUGCUGAGAAAUACCCAGCAAUCGUUCAGUUCACAGGUAUCAAUAGCUAUGACAAUUCGCCUGUUAUUGUUUCUCAAGACAAUUUCAAGGAUAUUGGCCCCGAUAUUAGUACCAAAAACAGUAGUUUCUCGGGUGAUGUGUCUAGUGACUUUUCUCAUAUGAGCUUAAGCAGAACUCAGUCUCAGUUUAGUAUCAACACUGGGAAACAGCCACAGCCACAGCAGGAAGGAUACCAGUACUAUCAGGAGGCAUCCAACUAUCAAGAUCAAUUACCACCUUUGCAGCAACCCCAACCCUCAGUUGCUUUACCCUUUAAGUUUGCCGAUAUUCAGUUUCCAUAGUUUCCUCACUAUUUUAGCGUAUAAUGCGAAAC